CAAUUGAUAAUGGCAGCUUUUAAAAACAUAAAAUUUCAAUUCGUACUUAACCGAUUAUUCUCUAAUAAAACGUCAGUUGCUUCAAAAAUAAAUUUCAGCAGAUUAAAAUCCGAUGUCGCCGUUUCCGUAAAGUCAUUGCUUCAAGAUCACCUAGUGGGUUCGAACGUUUUAGUUAAAGGAUGGGUGAAAUCAUUAAGAAGGCAAAAAGAAAAUACCUUCAUGCAUAUUGGUGAUGGCUCAGCUGAACAAAUACAAGUCAUAAUCCCAUCGUCACUCUGUCAGGAAGACUGCAGCUUCAAUUCAGCUGUUGUGGUAAGGGGCACAGUAGUGCAGAGUCCUAAAGUCAACCAACCUAUAGAAGUCAAAGCUGAAAAUCUAGAAGUGGUGGGCAGACUAGAUGUGGAUUGCUUCCCGUUUGGUCCACGAAAAAUCUACCCACCAGAAUAUGUCAGGCAACACAUUCAUCUUAGACCAAAAACCACUAUAUAUUCAGCAAUCCUCCGGUUAUCGAGCCUAAUAACUACCACACUGCAUAAUACCUUGAUUCAAGAUGGUUUUGUCAGUGUCUCUACACCAAUUCUUACUUCAAAUGACUGUGAAGGAGCAGGUGAAGUCUUUCUUGUACGACCUGCUUCUGAAGAACUGUGUCGUGAAAUGGGUAAUGAUGAAAAGCUAGAAGAAUCCUACUUUAACAAGAGAGUGUAUCUGACAGUUUCAGGUCAACUACAUCUAGAGGCCAUGGCAGGGGGAAUUUCCAAAGUUUUCACAAUGGGUCCUACCUUUCGUUCCGAAAAUUCGCGAACUCGGAGACAUCUAGCAGAAUUUAGAAUGCUAGAAGCAGAAAUAGCCUUUUGUAGUGAUUUGCAGCCCAUUCUCUCAACAGUUGAAGGCUUAGUAAAGCAAUCCGCUAGAAGCCUUCUGGAGCACGGAAAACAAGAUUUAGCUACGGUGGGAGUAUAUUACAAAGAAAAUCUGGAGGAAUCACUGGAUGACCUGUUAAAAACAGACUUUUCUACAAUUACCUAUAGACAAGCUUUGGAAUUACUACUGGAAAAUAAAAGUUUGUUUAAAAAGUCUCCUCGAGACGGAGCAGACAUCGGAUCGGAACACGAGUUGUUUCUUGUCAAACAUAUCGGAGGCCCAGUUUUUGUUGUCGACUGGCCAGCAAAAAUAAAACCCUUUUAUAUGCGGACCACAGAAGACGAUAACAGUCUGGUGUCUUGUGUUGAUUUACUGGUACCAGGAGUAGGGGAAUUAUGCGGAGGAAGUUUACGAGAGAAUCGACACUCAGUCCUUAAGAGACGACUAGAAAUGCAAAGCCUAGCAGAAACACUGAAUUGGUACCUCGAUCUGAGAAGAUUUGGAGGACCUCCAACUGGUGGUUUUGGGAUGGGUGUAGAGAGACUUAUUUCUUAUUUGCUAAAGAUACCAAAUGUGAAAGACAUUGUCCCAUUCCCACGAACACCUCACCAUUGCCCCAUGUAAACAAAGAACUUGCAAUUUUUGG